UGAUAGGGGUCGCUAGAGGUUCAGUUUCAUAUAAACGCGGUCACAGAAAAGGAAGCACAAAACAAGAAGAAGAAGAGGCAGAAGAGAGAACAAUAGCAGCGCAAAGCACGCAGUGACGCAGAUAUGGUGGUGCAAAUAAAAGUCGAAUACUGUGGUGGAUGAGGGUACGAGCCCCGCUAUCAGGAGCUCAAGCGGGUCGUCACUGCUGAGUUCACUGAUGCGGAUGUGAGUGGUUUCGUCGGCCGCCAAGGAAGCUUUGAGAUUGAAAUCAAUGGGCAACUGAUUUUCUCAAAGAUGGAAACCAGUGGCUUCCCCUAUGAGGAUGAUAUUAUGAAUGCUAUCCAAAGAGCCUACGAUGGCCAGCAGGUGGAGAAGAUCACCAAGAGCCAGCCUCCUUGUGUCAUCCUCUAAUGUUUCACCUCUUAACCCUUCCCUUUUGGCUCUCAAGACACCUGAAUCACUCCUCAAAGAAGUCUUAAUAUGUCAAGAUUUUGAACGGUUCUGUUUUAAAAAGCAAAGUUUAAGCAUCUAGAGAGAGCAGGACCCUUAAAUGUCGCCUUCUCUUCACUCCUCCUGUCUGGUUGCUGGACGUAAAUGAUUAUCGUAACUCUAAAGUGAGAAGUUACGGUAUGAGGCCUGCAGUCUGUGCUUCCUUUAAGCAGGAGGAGUGAGACGGGGGGGGACGGUGAGGAGAAAGCCAAUGGAAGGGUUAAAGGGAUAGUUCACCCAAAAAUUAAAAUACUGUCAUUUACGUUGUUUACAUUUGUUGUUCCAAACCUGUGUGUUUCUUUCUUCUGUUGAACACAAAAGAAGAUAUUUUAAAGAAUGUUGGUUACCAGACAGUUGAUGGACCCCAUUGACUUCCAUAGUUGUUCAGCAGAAGAAAGAAACUUUUAGAAAAAUAAAUUGGAAAAAUGA